CAUCCUCAUGUCCCCAUGUCCUUCCCGCUCAUAUCCCUGUGUUCCCAUGUCCCCCUGUCCCCGUCUCCGUGUCCCAUCGCCCCGCCCACACGUGCAGCACCGACCACCAGGCGCCGCUGCAGCCCCCGAGGGGCGGGGCUUGCUGGGCGCGAUGGGCGGGGCUCCCCGGCAGGGCGGGUAAAGGGGCGGGGCCGAGGGCGGGGCCGCUUGGGGGCGCGGUCUGGGGCGUGUCCGUCCUUGUGCGGUGGGCGGGGCCUGGUGGGGCAGGCUCGUCUUGGGGCGUGUCUGUGGAGGGUAGGGGCGUGGUCAGUGUGGGGCGUGGUCAGUGGGCGGGGCGCGGCCGGCCCGGCAGUUCCGGGCUCCGCGCACGCGGGUCGGGGUGGCGGCGAUCGGGGACCGGCACCGGGAUCGGGAUCGGCACCGGGACAGCGCAGCGAUGCAGCCGCCGCCGCGCAAGGGCUGAGCGGGACAUUCCCGCAGGUGAAGCUCACCCAGGAGCUGCGGGUCCAUCUCCUGGAGCAGCUGUCGGGCCUGCAGAGCAAACAGCAGCGGGACGCCGAGCUGCUGGAGGACAUCAGGUCCUACAGCAAGCAGAGGGCCACCAUUGACAGGGAGUAUGGGCAGGCACUGCAGAGGCUGGCCAGCCAGUUCGUGAAGAGAGACUGGCAGCGGGGCCGUGGCGAGUCUGGCGACUCCAGGAGCGUGGCCGCUGUCUGGAAAGGUGUCAUCGAGGGGACAGCGCACGCCGGGCAGGUCCGUGUCACCGCCUCUGAGAGCUACCGCGCCCUGGCCGCCGAGGCCGCCCGCAGCGCCCGCCUCUCCAAGGAGAGGACGCUCAAGAAGGGCAUCGAGCGGCUGCAGAAGGCGCAGGUGGAGCUGCUGGAGACGGUGAAGGAGCUGGACAAGGCAAAGAAGCAGUUCAGCCACCUGCGGCGCAGCAGCGAGGUGGCCAAGGACAAGGCGGCUGAUGUGGAGGCGCGCCUCCGCAAGAGCGACCGGCGGAUAUUUCACACCAAGGCCAGCCUGCAAAAGCUCAGUGCCAAGUUCUCAGCGCGACUGGCUGAGCACUCGAGGCAGCUGGCAGGCGUGCAGAAUGAGUACAGCUUUGCCCUGGUGUCUGCCUCUGCCCACCUGGAGCAUUACCAGCGUGUGGAGCUGCCCGCAGCCAUGCAGGCUCUGGACGGGGACCUCUACGAGCGGCUCCGGGAGCACUUGUCGGCUGCCAGCCGGACGGAGGUGGAGACCUGCCGGGCCACCCGGGACUGGUUCCAGGGCGUUGUGGAGGCAUCCGCACGGGUGUGCCGGGAGCAGGACCUGCUCCUCUUCCUGCAGGACCACCCUGCCUUCUCCCUGGCGCCCGAGCAGCGCUUCCAGCUCACUGGGGUGGAGGAGGUAAGCGGAGGGGGUCAUUACAGCAAGGUGGGGUCUGCACAGCCAGCCCCUUGUCACCGCCGUGUCCUUGCCCAGGUGUGCCUGCUGCCACCAGCAGACGAUGGGGCCAGCCUGGAGAAGGAGGCGCGGCGCUGGGCCACGCGGGUGGCCCGAGAGCACAAGAACAGGGCACACAGUGAGGAGGUGCUGCAGCGGCUGGAGGCCAGGCGGCAGCAGGGGCUGGAGGCAGAAGUGGCGGCCGUGGAGCGGCAGAUGGAGGAAGUGAGGGAAAACAUCCGCAAGGCAGAGGUGAGCCGAGUGAAGGCCGAGGCACGGCUGGCACUGCUGCGGGCGGCAGGGCUGGACGUGGACACCUGGCUGGCCGGGGCCAUGGUGGGGACAGGAGAGGAGACCCCCACAGGGCUGGACCCGGCCGAGUUCGAUGACUACGAGGACAGUGAUGAGCCAGAUGAGGACGAUGAGCCUGGGCCUGCUGCCCGCACCUACCCCUACACCUGCCGGGUGAUCUUUGGCUACCAGGGCUGCCAGGCGGACGAGCUGUCCAUCAGCCAGGGCGAGGAGCUGGAGAUCAUCGAGGAUGGGGAUGCAGAGGAGUGGGUGAAGGCUCGGAACAAGGCUGGGCAGGUUGGCUACGUCCCCGAAAAGUACCUGCUGUCCCUGGGGUGUGACUCGGGUGCUGGGCUGGGCCCCCCAGGCCCCUGUGCCUUGCACCGCCAGCUCUCCAGCAUCAUGGCUGCAGAACUGGUGCUGGAGCCUGGAGCCUGGCUGGUGCGAGCCCUGUAUGACUACGAGGGGCAGAGCCCUGAGGAGCUGAGUUUCCCUGAGGGAGCCAUCAUCCGGGUGCUGCCCCGCGCCGCUGGCGAGGUGGACGAUGGCUUCUGGACCGGCGACUUCGAUGGCCGCGUCGGCGUCUUCCCCUCCCUGGUGGUGGAGGAGCUCACCGGGGCCCGGGAGGCAGCCGGGCAGGAGCUGCCAUCACCAUCCCCUCCGCCCUUCUCCCCUCCUGGCCUUGCACCCGGGGCCAGCCUGGUCCCCAGCCCUGCUCCUGAGACAGCUCUGGGAGGUUGCCGACAGGAUGGCACGGGCAGCGGGCAGAGUUCUCCAGACCUGGCAGCCACACGCCUGCGGCCACUCCGUGCGCCGCCCCCGCCGCCCGGCAGAGCCCCCGAGCCCGACCCUGAGCUUCACUUCAGCUGACCCUGUGGGUGCCCCCAGCCCCAAUCCCCCAAAAAGCUUUGCCUGAGCAAACCACCACAGGCUGCUGUCCCAGCAGCCUGGGCUGCUGCUGCCCCAUGCCCCGAGCUGGUCUCUCCAGGGGCUGCAUCCUGCCCAGUGCUGCUUGCAGAGUGGUCCUGCAUCCCAGUACAGCACCCAGAACCCUUUUUUGGGGUGCCCAGUGCCACAGCCAGGCCCCAUCUCACCCCCCUCUUGCCUCCACCCUUCCUGCCUGGCAUCACCCGUGCACUCCCAGCCCUGGUUCCUGGGGGGCUCAUCUCUGGACCCUGCCAGCCCCCACAGCACCUCCCCACUGGCAGGAGCGAGCAUGCGGGGCUGUUCCAAAUAAAUC